AUGCAACGCCUGCUCUUGCUCUUGCUCUUACGACCUAGAGCCUCUCUUCUCCAACGACCCCUCCGACCCCUCACCGUCACUGCAUACGCACCACCUGCAGCAGCUCGGCCUGACCUCUCGCAGCCGCUUCGACGAGCGUGGUGUUCCAACAUGGCCUCGUCCGCUCCUCAUCCCGUCUCGUCGACCGCCGAACCGGCGCGCGCUGCUGUCCCUUCCGAUCCUUCUUCCGCACCUGCACCUUCAGCGCCAGCUCCAUCAGCAGGUGGUCACAAGCCCGCCGGCGCUCCCAAAGCUCCCAAGGAGAAGAAACCUAAAAAGGACGGCGCCGCCGUAGCCGGGAUCACCGCCGGCGUCAAUGCGCUCGAGUUGACCCCACAGCCUGCCUUCAUCCAGUCUCGUAUCGAGAUGUUUGAGAGGAUCCAGAAGGAGCAGCACGAGAAGCUUGCUGGUGAGUCGAGUGUGCAGACACGCAGGGGGGGACGAGCUCGGGGGGGGGAAACGGCCGAACUGAUCGACCCCCUAUUUGGUGUACUCCCCUGAACAGCGCUCCCCCGAGAACCGAUCAAGAUCACUUUGCCCGAUGGAGGCGUCAAGGAAGGUACCAGUUGGGAGACGUCCCCGAUGCAGAUCGCCCUCGGCAUCAGCAAGGGGCUCGCCGAAAAGACCGUCAUCGCAAAGGUGAGAUCGAGAGAGUCCGAUUUAGGAUCCAGUUUCACACCACUGAUAUGCCUUCGUUCUCCUUCGCUUCAGGUCAAUGGAGUUCUCUGGGACAUGGACCGCCCCUUUGAAAAGGACUCGUCCCUCGAACUCUUGGACUUUGACCAUCCCGAAGGUACGCCCGGCUCAUUCCACGCGUCCGAGUGAACCCAGCUCAUCAUCUUCCCUCUCCAGGCAAGAAGGUCUGGUGGCACUCGUCAGCCCACAUCUUGGGAGAAUGCUGCGAGAGGCACUACGGUGCCCAUCUCGCCGUCGGUCCCCCCACGGACGAAGGCUUCUUUUACGAGAUGGGAAUGAACUCGGACAGGUGCGCAACGACGCCAUCCUCAGACCAUUCCACCUCGAGAUGACUGAGCAGCUUGUUCACUCGUACUAGGAUCGUCACCUCGACCGACUAUACGCCUUUGGAGACGCUCGCCAAGAGUGUCGUCAAGGAGAAGCAAAAGUUUGAACGCCUCGAGAUGACCAAGGAGCAAUUGUUGGAGAUGUUCGCCGUACGUCAAGAUCGUGACCCCCUUGGUUUGAGAGAGAGCAGACACUGACUGGCUUUCUUUGUAACAGUACAAUCCCUUCAAGGUGCACAUCAUCAAGGACAAGAUCCCCGACGGUACCUCGACCUCGGUCUACCGCUGCGGCACCAUGGUCGACUUGUGCAGAGGGCCGCACAUCCCGCACACGGGCAAGGUCAAGGCCUUGGCGAUCCUCAAGAACUCGGCGUCUUACUUCCUCGGCAACAAGGACAACGCUUCCUUGCAACGCGUGUACGGCAUCUCGUUCCCCGAUACCAAGCAAAUGACCGAACACAAGAAAUUCCUGGAAGAAGCGGCCAAGCGCGAUCAUCGACGGAUCGGUAAGGACCAGGAACUUUUCUUCUUCCACGAGUUGUCCCCCGGUACGGCGUUUUGGUUACCCCACGGUACGAGGAUCUACAACACCUUGGUCGAUUUCAUGCGCUCCGAGUACCGGAAGCGCAACUUCCAGGAAGUCAUCUCGCCCAACAUGUACAACGCCAAGUUGUGGGAAACGUCGGGUCAUUGGGCCAAUUACGCCGACGACAUGUUCAAGCUCGAAGUUGAGAAGGAACAAUUCGCGCUCAAACCGAUGAACUGCCCGGGACAUUGCUUGAUUUUCGCUUCGAGGGAUCGAUCGUACCGCGAGUUGCCGAUCAGGAUGGCCGAUUUCGGAGUCUUGCACAGGAACGAGGCGAGUGGCGCUUUGACGGGUUUGACCAGGGUCAGGAGGUUCCAACAGGAUGAUGCCCAUCAUUUCUGUAUGGCCGAUCAAGUGAGUGGAUGAAAAGGGUUCGAGAGACGUUGCCAAAAGCAAAACAGCGAGAGUUCAUUCCUUUCUCCAUCACGUAGAUCGAACAAGAGAUGGACGUCUGCUUCGAUUUCCUCAACCACGUCUACGGCACUUUUGGUUUCCAAUUCAACCUCAAGCUCUCGACCCGUCCCGAGAACUUUCUCGGCAAGAUCGAGACCUGGGACGAAGCCGAACGUAUGCUGUCCGCCUCAUUGGACAAGUUCGUCCCCGGCAAAUGGACCGUCGAUCCUGGAGAUGGUGCUUUCUACGGUCCCAAGAUCGACAUUACGAUCCAAGAUGCGCUCAAGCGUAAACACCAAUGCGCGACCAUUCAACUCGAUUACCAACUCCCCCAAAGGUUCGAUCUGCAAUACCGUUCCGCCGAAGGAGGUGGCGAAGCCGACAAGGACAAGAAGAUGGCUCGACCGGUGAUGAUUCAUCGUGCGAUCUUGGGUUCGGUCGAAAGGUUCGUCGCGAUCUUGACCGAACAUUUCGCGGGGAAAUGGCCGUUCUGGAUCUCGCCUCGUCAAGUCUUGAUCAUCCCCGUCGCGCAACCUCAUAAGGAAUACGCUUCCAAACUGCAAGCCCAAUUGUGGGAGAUGGGUUUCUUCGCCGACGCGGAUUUGACGGACGCGACAUUGCCCAAGAAGGUUAGGAAUGGUGAAAUCGCGCAGUACAACUUUAUCUUUGUCGUCGGGUCCGAAGAGGUCGAGUCGAGUUCGGUCAACGUCAGGAAUCGCGAUGAUGUCGGAGUCAAAGGUAAGACCGAGGUGAUUGUGUUUGAUAAGGUGUGCCAGAUGUUGAAGGCGCUCAAGGAUGAGAGGAGGUUGGAGAACAAGUUGAUUUGA